AUGAUUAUGGCUACAGGUGAAGGCAAGUUUACAUGUAGUGUUUGUAAGCAGUUAUUUAAAAAUCCAGUUGUUCAUAAAAUUUGUGGAUUUUCUUUUCAUCGUGAAUGUCUUGGAAAUCGAUGUCCAGAACAAGAAUGUCAACAAGUUAUUAAAGAAGAAGACUUGAUACUUAACCAUUGUCUAUCAAAUGUUGUUGAAGAAUAUCGAUCAACAUUAGUACCACAUUCUGCCUAUUAUAUGAUUCUACUCGAUAAUAGCACUUCUAUGUGGUAUUCAGAUACAUGGUUUCCUUUAAUACUAGGCGAGAGUCGUGGUGGAAAUGUAAAUGAAUUUGUUAAUUCUUUAACAAAUACACUUACUACAAAAGCUCGAUCACGAGUUCAACCUACAAAAAAUAUAGCCGAACAAUUGAUUGAUCAACUACCAACUGUACCAAAUACAUCAAUAAAAGUGCGAAGGAGACAACCAGAUUUCGCUUAA